AAUCUGAAGUUGUCAACUAGUGUAAGAAGUGAUCAUGGCUGACCCUGCACGGAUCAAACCUGAAACUUCUUGUAAGGAGGAGCGUAAUAAAUCAGAGGAAAGCGAAGAUCUACCUACCACAUCGAAAACUGCAGAUGAAAACAAAGACUCACCUUCGCAAGAUCAGUCCAACCAGGAGGUUAAAUCUGAAACGGCAGCUGGGGAAGAUGAGGAAGAAGGAACCUCUGGCGAACCUUCCUCCAAAAGACUGAAGGUGGAACCAGAGAAGAAAAAGGAGAAGCGCCAAAAGGUUGAUGAGGAUGAAAUACAAAAGAUGCAAGUUUUGGUGUCAUCCUUUUCUGAAGAGCAGCUGAAUCGCUAUGAGAUGUACAGACGCUCUGCCUUCCCUAAGGCAGCUAUUAAGAGGCUGAUCCAGUCCAUAACAGGAUCAUCAGUGUCCCAGAAUGUGGUCAUUGCCAUGUCUGGUAUUUCCAAGGUGUUUGCUGGGGAAAUUGUUGAAGAAGCAUUGGACGUUUGUGAGAAGUGGGGAGAUACACCGCCGCUUCAGCCCAAGCACAUGAGAGAAGCGGUGAGGAGGUUAAAGACUCGAGAUCAGAUUCCCAACACAAAGUUCAAAAAAAUUACCUUCCACUGAAGCGUCUCUGCUUUACGCUGUAUGAGGAGCACGUGUGCGAGUAAAAAAGGUUGUGCCACAGCUUGUGAAAUAUCAUAAGGCUUGUGUAGGCAUACUGCAGCCAAGUAGACACUGAUCAUUACGAACUAACCACAGUUAAAACCAGUGAGUGUUUAAGAAUGGUAAAUACAAAUGACUUGACCAUUCACCUCUGAUUGUCAGGGUGAAUGUUUGACACAUCAUACAAAAGAGUGUGAAAUUCUAUUCAUGUAUUAUUGUUGUUAAUACAAUGUGUUUUAUACAGUUUUGUUUCUUUGCCUCAUUAUUUUAAGUCACUAAUGAACCUUGAAGAAAUGUUUCUUUCUGGUGAGACAGUUGUGUUGCCAACAGUGAAAUUCUGUAUAGUUUCACAAUUUAAAUUUGUUGGAACUGCAAAAAUGUGUACUUUCUUUUUAUAUCUAUAAAAGGACACAUUGACAUUUGAAAAAUAAAGGUUAAUCUCUA